AUGACCGCCAGGCAAAAACGCGCUCUGAAGAAGCCCAAAUCUUGGUGGGAGGCGCAGAUCGCGUUCUAUGUCCUCAAGCUCGGGGGGAAGUCCAAGUCCAUCGCGGCGAUGCAAGACAGCCUCCGCACAGCCGUCGACGCUGGCUCGCUCUCCGUGCCCCAGGCCACGCUGGAGGUGGAAGCCAAACUGAAAAGCGAAUACGACGGGCUCAGGGACCAGCAAUACGCUGCUUGCGCUACCGACGAAGAGCGGCUCCGGUUCGACGCGGGACGUUUCCUGCGCGAGACGUUCGAUGCCCCGGUCGGCUUGUACGUGGUCAAAUGCAAAGGCCGUGAAUACCUCGACCACAGCAGUGUGCGCGAAUUGGCCGAGAAACUUGAACUGCACACUGGCGGGUUCAGUGGCGUCGAUGUGGAUGGGGGACACGCGCAGUGGGUUGUGGUCGGCCGCGACGAGGCUGUUGUGAGGGAGCAGGCGGACUGGAUCGAAAGCGAAGCGCGGCGGAGAAGCCGUGAGCUAGCGGAGGCGGAGGCUCAUACUUCCAAGAAGAGCAAGAGUAAGAGGUCAGCCACGCAUGUGGAUGAUGGGGGUAACGAUGGCGGGUGGGUAAUUGGAAGGCCAGCCAAACGCGGCCGAAAAGCGUCGAGCCAGCAAUCGAGUGAAGAUGGUGAUCUCGGCAACGAAUACUUUUCCGACGAAGACCUCUCCAACGCCGCCUCAGAUGAAGGUGAAGACGACCUCGAAUACACCCGCGACCCCGCCCUCAAACCCAUCACGAACCGCAAAUUCCCCGACGCGCUGGACGUCACCGGUACCUGGACGAUUAGCGCUCCCGCACUCGCCGCCAACUGGCCUGACGUCUCCGGGAAUAUGCACUUCAACAUCGCUAAACUGACCACGGCCAAGGGCAAGAAAGGGAAAGGAACAAGUGGGGACGUCCUCUUCGCGGCCUUCAACCUCGGCAUCCUCGAAGGCGUCAUCGCCUUCGACAAACCACCUACGCCCAGUUCACUCGAAACCACCUUCCUCUGGCGUGGACGCGAGACGGGCGAGGGCGAGAUGCAGACUGCCCAGGACUUCAACUGCGGCAAGUUGACUUUUGAUACUGACCGUGACGAGGGCAAGAACACGAACAAGUUUACGGGCGUCUUCGCGAGCACGUACGGUACCUGGAAUAUCGAAGGCACGAGGGUGAACAGCAAAGCUUUCUCUGGCUCCACUUUCAAAGAGGAGUAUAAAGGUUAUACCGAGGAAGCCUACGAGUAUGAGCGGGUUGCUCGGUGGCACUGA